GAGCGCCCGCAGGCCACGGACGCGCGUAGCGGCCGGGCGGCCCCCCGUGCUAGAUAGAUAGUGACGCCGCCCUAUGGCGUGGGCCGGCGCAUUCAUUGCGAGCGGCGCUCCGCGGCCGUCUGCAAUUCUUGUUUGGGCUGUUGCCAUUAACGUGCCACUGGAGUGCCAGCAGCUGCUUCUGAAAAAAGAAUAAAGCAAGAGUUUGCUUUGGGGCCUGCAUGUUUGCCCCCGCGUUCGAGUUCGUUAGGAAUGUCUUGUUUCUCGUUGUCGUGUUCUCUUGUUGUGUUUGUUGCCCAUUGAAGAAUGAUCUUCGCGGAGCUCUUUGGCUACGCUAACUGUAACUUCGCUUGCACGUGAGCACCCGCUUCCUUGAUUUUUCGGCAAGACUGUCCUCGCUCGUGCCUCGUAAUACAUAAUUAGGGCACCCGCAAACACUCAUGACUCUGCUUGCAUCUGCAAGUGAGUUUCAGAGAGACAAACAUAAACAACUACACCGCCUUCCAGCAGGGUGACAGCAAGAUGUCGACAGGCAGCUGCCGUUUUUGCAAUGCGCUGUUGAGGGCAUCCCACUUAUUUCUCAUCUUUGUACCCCAUAAUUUUAUUCUGCAGCUUGCCUUUGCUCAAGAACAACUCGACGCCAGUGUCCAGCGGAUGACGCCGGAGCUGCAAUCCGUCCAUCCCGAGGGCAUGCAACCGAUUGACGGGAAGCUUUCCGGCACCAUCGGCGCUUUUUUCAGAUAUUACAACGUCUACAUGAAGGGCCCGACGGAGGCCGACGAGACUGAGGCCAUCCGUUUGGCGGACUUCGCCCGCUGCGACGUUUGCACAACGCUGCUGAAGACGAUGCUGAAGAGAAAUUUCACCGACUUCGAGAAGGUGCAGCUCCCCGUGGACGGGGAAGAUAAAAAUUCGACAAAUUCCUUGGAUGCUAGUACUACCGCUUCAACUUCUUCUCUCGGCGAAAAUGAUGAAGUAACCGCCACUGAUCUGGAGCCGCAGAUAACGGACGAAUUCAACCCGGGUUUAACUCCAACAGACCUUCGCCCCUUCGCGAAAAUCGCGAGUAAGAGGGUCACGGAAGACCACCUGCUUGAUUACAUGGAGGGGCACCGCGACCCGGGCACGGACCGUAGCAUGUUAUGACAAUGCACAGCUCCCCCUCGGGCUUUCGGAAUCUGUAAUGCAAAGAGUACCACAAUGCAGCGCUUGGAUUUGGUAUUUAGCAUGACAAACGUGGGGGAGGGGGUUUUGUGCGAUCUCAUACCUAUUGGCGAUAAAAUACAAGGACGGCCGGGACUGGAACCAGACGGUCAAUGACGGCGUCCAAGUGCAUAUCGUAUCUAAAAACGCCCCCGCACCAUUGUCAAGUUGGGAAAUCAGCAAGACAAAUCAACAAGCUUUGGCUGUUGCGCAUGACAAGUUUGGCCUCGUGGCGUGAUCCUGCUGGGCUAGUUCAGCAGCAUCACAGGCCUAGCGCAUCAUCCUGAUUGGAGCAUGACAAAUUCGGAAACACGCCAAGAGGAUGCCUCUCAUGGGGCUCCGCAUGCGAGACAGUUCCACCAUGCAGAUUUGCAUGACAGCUAUGGGGUGGGGAACUUUUUACGCGGGAUAGCGCAGGUUUUGAACAAGAAAGUGGGCUGUGCCAAGUUGUUCAAGGACGACUUUCUGUACUUGGGGUACAACAUCAGGCCAUGUACUGAUUUGUAUAAAUUUGUUUACGUUCAAUUUCAGCCUCUUUAGGGUCUACUUUACGAUGUACGUAGUAGUUCUUCAUGUGUGUCCGUGUCGUCUUGCCCCUGCUGUCAAAAGAUACUGAUAGCAAACUACGACUACGAGACAAGCAGGAGCACCCUACGACAAAAAUACCAUCCGUCCACUCGUCACAUCAGGUCCGGAAGAGGAGCGCAAGACCUGGCCGUGUGUUCAUCCGCCAACGUCGGUGAAGGAGAUCCCCUCGGAUCACGCCGUGAACACGUACGAGCUUUGGAAGGACAUCGUCUUUUUCUCCUGCGAACAGACCAUCGGCAGCCGCCGAGACGAAAUUGCGCGGUUCAUCCUAAAACAGAUGAAAAAGCUGAACAUCGAACACUUAGCGAUGAUGACGUGCAAGCACGCGGCCAAGUGCAACCGAAGGCUGUCGGCACACAUCAAACCCAUGGACGGGGGGAUUGGGUCCGAAAAUCCGCACGCCAAGGUGGGGCUCAAGAAUACGAAAAAGAAGAACGGCGGUGGUGGCGGGGGUAAGAAAAAGAAGAAAGGAAAGGGUGCGAAGAAAAAGGGUGGGAAAGAGGAUUUGUGAGCGAUUAGCUCGUUUGUGUCUCAAUUUCGAUAUUGAUGUUGAAUUGACGAAUGUAUGUCUAUGUGUUGACAAAGUUUCAACUGUUUCUGCUUCUGGUACGAAAAAAAUAAAAACCGAACCCUCACGCUCACGCGCAUAAUUUUUCAAUGUUUGGAAAAAACAAACCAAUUCUUUCGCCCAAGGAAAAACUGAUUUUAUGCCACGAUUGCUGCUUCACCAGAAUCAAUCAGUCGACGCUUGGCUUUGAACACGUAGUAGCUUUGCCGUAGUCAUGCAGGAAAGCGAAAGACAAAGUGUCACUGACUCGGG